AUGGCUGUAACCAAUCAGCCAGGCAAAUUCGAGGCUUCCAACUUCCAGACUGGUCUGCUUGAUGUUUGUGAUGACUGUGGGACAUGCUGCUACGGUUUGUUGUGUUUCCCUUGUAUGGGCUGCUCCAUCGCCAGAGACAUGAAUGAGUGCUGCCUCUGCGGUCUCACCCCAACCAUGCGCAGCGUCUACAGGACCAAAUACAACAUCAAGGGUUCCCUGUGUAGGGAUUUACUGAUCUACCAGUGCUGCAUGGUGUGUGCUGUGUGUCAACUGAAGAGAGACAUUGAUCGAAGGAAGGAGCAAGGCAUCUUCUGAAAUGAAGCAUUUACUGGUACCGUCAAAGCCAGUCAACGAAUGGUACACUUGCCGAAGGAAUGACUGCGCCAUUUCUCUUCCUGUUAAUCAACGGAGUGCUGUGUAAACACUGACAACGUGGCAAUAGGCAACGG